UUUAAAUGAUUUUAUUCACCUUGUAAAAGAAUGAGUUAAAAAUUAAAUUGGGGUAGGUACAAAGUAGCCGCAAACUACAAAGCCGCGCGCAGAAGUCAUACUCUGUACCACGGAGCUUUCCUUCUUCCUUUCUGCCUUUCUUCUUCAUCUUCAUCUUCUUCCCCUUAUUCUAUAUAUUCUCAUUGCAUUGUACGGCACAAUCUUUCCCACGCCUAUGGCCUACCCUGCAAUUCUGGCUUGUAUAUCUCAUGCGGGAAUUGAUUGGAAAUUUUUAGUUGGUCCCAGCAGAAUCGGGAGUGGGGACGAUGAAAUUUGGGGUUUUGGGGAUUCCGGGCUGAUUUGAAUUUCGAAGGAUCUGCGGGUUCUCGCUUCCGGGUUUUCUCUUCGAUUUACUGUGAAUUCGUACAGCGAUCAUCAUCAAUCGUGGGACGGGCAAUGGUUUGCCGUUGAAAUCCGGGUCUUGGGUCGGGUGAAGUAGGGUUUGAAGAGAGGGAAGAAUUAGGCAUAGAUAGCUGCGGGAGGGGUGCGACGGAUUCGCAGGGGGAAAACGGAGGGGGCGGCUGUGUUGGUGUUGUGGAGUGUUUGUUGGAUGUAGCAAGGGCCCUUCAAAUGGGGUCCUGCUUCUCUUGUUCCGAAAGCAGGAGCCCUCUGCCUUCUCCCAAUUCCCUUGGUGGGAGGAAGAGAAAGAGCUUCAAGGAGCGCUGCCCGUCUUCCUUUGACUAUCGGAAGGAAGAACAGUUGCAUAGGAUUCGGGGGCGGAGGUUCUUGAAUGGCUCCAGUGAGGUGGCUUCUCUCUUUACUCAGCAGGGAAAGAAAGGGGCUAAUCAAGACGCAAUGCUCGUUUGGGAGAACUUUGGAUCAAGAGCUGAUACUGUUUUUUGUGGAGUCUUUGAUGGGCACGGUCCGUAUGGACAUAUGGUUGCGAAAAGAGUGAGGGAUUCUCUUCCCUUAAAAUUAAGUGCACUCUGGGAAGCUAACACUAAAAAUGAUGAUGUCCUUGCGGAGAUCAGUCAAAAUACUACAGGGAGCAUAAAUCCCGACAUUGAGGAAGUGUCAAUGGCGUCUAUGGAUGUUGAUCAAGUUCAUAAAAAUGGGGAUGCCAUUCAGACACUGAAAAAAUCCUUUCUGACGGCUUUUAAGGCCAUGGAUAGGGAACUGAGAACUACAAGUAUUGAUUGCUUUUGCAGCGGGACGACCACAGUAGCUCUCGUGAAACAGGGCCAAGAUCUUGUAAUUGGGAAUGUUGGGGACUCCAGAGCCAUAUUGGGUACAAGAGAUAAAGACAACUUUCUUACAGCUGUGCAGUUGACUGUGGAUCUCAAGCCUAAUCUUCCAGCGGAAGCAGAAAGGAUUCGAAAGUGUAAAGGACGUAUAUUUGCCCUACGUGAUGAGCCUGGUAUUGCACGAGUAUGGCUACCCAAUACAUAUUCUCCAGGCCUUGCCAUGUCACGGGCUUUUGGAGAUUUUUGUCUCAAGGAUUUCGGUCUCACCUCUGUACCCAAAAUUUCACACAGACGUUUAACACAGAAAGACGAAUUCAUCAUCUUGGCCACAGAUGGGAUAUGGGAUGUCCUUUCCAAUGAAGAGGCGGUGGAGAUUGUGGGUUCAGCCCCGACACGUUCAUCUGCAGCCAGAGUGCUGGUUGAAGCAGCAGUUCAGUCAUGGAGGACCAAAUACCCUACAUCUAGGGUCGAUGAUUGUGCUGUCGUCUGCCUCUUCCUGGAUGAUUCACCUACAAACGGUGCAUAUUCUGCCUCCUCCAACGACAAGGCCGUCCCCCUUGCGCCGAGCAGGGUCCACAACCACGAGAAUGGCGGAGAAAAGUGGCCUAGCACUCGAGGGGUGUCCCGCGUGGACACGCUAUUGACCUUGCCAAGAGUUGGAAGUGCCUGAGGAGGGGCAAAGAAGAGAAAUCCAUGUAGUUGGUGAGUUGAUUGAAGGUGUAGAUAUAUUUUUUUUUCUAAACCCCCAGUCUAAACUGCAUGCAUGUUCUGUCUUCAACAUUGAAAUACAAGUAAUGUACAUGAUUGAGUUUGUAUAUAUAUCAUGAGAGGGGUGUUGUAGGAUUGGAAAUAUGUUGUAUCAUAUAUUGUGCCACACCGUUUGCCUUUGUGAAAUUACUCUCCCGUCUCAAAUUAAGUUGCAUGUUUACU